GUACCAAGCUUGUGCCGUAUUCUAAAUAUGGCGUCUGUUCGCGUUCUCUUCGUGUUGGGAAAAUUAACACGUAAAGGUAGACAUUGUACGGGUUACCCAUCCACGUAAAACCCUAAAAUCCAUCAUGUACCUCUUCUUCGCUCCUAAGUAUUGCCCUUCGCAUAGAUUUUCAACUUUCCUUCAUUAAUUAAUUUAAGUAUGAUGCAAAUGAGUACAAAUUUCCUGGAAGUCGGAGGGAAAACAUUCCCCGAAAUCUGUAGCAUCUGAUUGAAGGAUCACAAUGUGGCAAAUACUGUACCUCGCCCUUAUUUACGUCCUUUUGGAUACUGUAUCUUCACUGAAUGUGACUGUGAGGACUGGCUCAAGUCUCCUACUGAACUGUUCAAUAACAAAUGGGUCAUGGUGGUUUCAUGGAAAAGAAAUUUCUUCUGCUUUUAUAAGGUUACAAGAUGGUCGUAGUCUGCUAAAACUGUAUAAUGUUACUGAGAAUUCUCAAGGAGUAUACACAUGCAGCUUACCAGGCCAGCAGGGAUAUAAUGUUGGUGUUACUGUUGUAGCCCCACCCUCUCCGCCUAGAAAUCUUGGGACGAGCAUUAUUGACAAUAGAACAAUUCUCAAGUGGAGUCCAUCACUUUCAGUUGGCUUGUCUUUGCAGUACAGAGUCUGUAAACAGUGUCUUCAUGUAACACAUGAACAGCAGAAAUGUGUGUUUAAUGGUAACAUCAUGAUGUGCAAAUAUAGCAAUUGUACCUAUGAUGGCUAUGAUGCACAGAUAGUGCAAGGGUGUAACAACAUUUUUCAUGUGCCUGGCAAACUAAUGUAUGAAUGUGAAGUCCAUUUGACUCCAUUUAGAAUGUUUAGCGUGUAUGUGGAAGCCAGAAACUCUGCUGGUGUUGCUAAAAGUGAACAGCUUGUUUUAACUGGACCAGUUUUUCCUGAACAAAUGAACCCUGGGCCUCCAAAGGAUUUGCAUGCAGUGAGUCAAGGUGGAGGUGAGGUCCUGCUGAAAUGGAUUCCUAGAGACCUUUGGCAGAGCUACACCAUGAAAUACCAGAUAACCUUCUAUGCUGAGGGCAUUAUUCAGUCAUUGAAUCAGGACAGACAUUUACAGAGUUAUCGAAAGCUCUCUGUUAUUACGGCACAGACGACGCGCGAUCAGCCAACAACACACGCGACGUCUGUGUUCACAAUCAGUUCAUGGCCGGUAAAUUCUAAAUCACGAAAGAUAGACGAAGCCAGGACAUGGCCUGGCUUAGCUGGUACAACAUCAGCCAGGAUACGUGAUCUGCAAUCUGGUAACACCUACCAUUUUACUGUGAGGGCUAAGAUCUGUGCCUCAGAAGAUUGCAGCAUUUGGGGUCAACCUGCAAGUGUUUCCUACGAACCUGGAGUAUUUACUGCACCGAGCCGGCCACCUUCCCAACUCAACUGCAGCCAAUGGGUUUCUUAUGGUGCAAACAGCAGAAAUGUCACUGUUACAUGGCAGGCACCUGCAAGGAAAUACCAGAAUGGUGACCUGACCCAGUACUUACUGACCUGGUCAUACAGGGGAGACUCGUCCAACAUGAGCCAAACUCUUCUUGUCAACGCAUCCCAGCUCUUUGCUGAGUUGACCCACUUAAAGCAGGACAGAGCUGUUGAGAUUCGAGUGAAGGCGUGCAAUGACUUUGACUGUGGGGGCAUCUCUAGCUGUGAGACUCCAGCUUCGUUAAACCUUAUUAAGGAACCUGGAGAAAGCAAAGACUUAAUAAUAGCUGUCGGGACUUUAGUGCCCAUUUCUAUUAUUGUGGCAAUUGGUGUUGGCGUGUAUUAUUACUCGACAAAGAGAAGAAGAGAGAAGAUCGAACGAAGACCUUCGUUGCCUCCUAUUGACGAGCCACCCUACCACACCCUGUACAAUGAUCUUCUACCGAGAUCAGACGAUGAAAACGAAUAUGACGAAGCUAGAGUGGCCAGCCUGUAAACUAUGUUGAGUUUCGUCGGAAUGUAAUAACCCCCUCACACUGCUAGGUCUUAUUUUCCCACCCCUAGCAUACUUGAGUUUGAGCAGGAUUUUCCCCACGCGAGCGAAAGGACGAGAGGUAGACAGCGGCGUAGCCGAAAAGGCCCUUUCAAGUCAUUUUCUCCUGUAUUUUAGAUAAUGUCUUAUACAUUUACUGUAUUUUUGGCUGCUAGAAGGGGGUCCCGGGCCCCCUUGGCCACCCCCCUGGCUACAACCCCUGUUAGAAUUUAGUACGGGUUGACGCUGAGAACAGUUAAGUGAAAAGAUAAACUAUAGUAGUACCGCCAUUAUACAAGCGCUGCACUAGAAAUCACUUGAUAUGCAUAUUUAUAGGGCCACAGUUUAUUGGAUUGUAUGUCUCCAAUUUUCUCUUUAGAUUACUCUAAACAACACACGAAUACCUAUGCUGUCAAGGAAAUCACUUAUCUUACCGCGUAACUGAAAUCGCACUCAGAAUAAACUACAAAAUCCUUAUAGUGAAAAAAAUGGAAAUGGUGCAACAUUGUUCAAAAUUGUGGAACAUUUAUAAAAUUUGAUACAGUAAUCGUGGAAUCAUGGAAUAGAAUCGUGCACUGAGCAAUUCUAGAUAUGGACCCAACCCCCAAAGUUAUAUAAUCACAGUUUUAUACAAAAUAGAAUACAUUAUCCUUAAUCCCUCAAAAACAACGAAUACUUUCCAAGCUACGGUCACAAACCUUUACCAAGUGAUAGAUAUUAACAUUACCUUCAGUGUUAGGGAAAAAAAAUAAACCAACCCUCCUGGGA